AGCCGCGCACCGUUCCUCGCGUACACAGCUGCAACGCACGCUCAACUGGCACAGGUGUUCCCUUCUCAGUGACAGGAAUGAUGGUGGAUUCCACUUAAAAUUAUCAGUGAUUAUUUUUUGUAUGCUGUAAUUGAAAAAUUGUAAAUAAGAAAGGAUGCGGGCUGGCGUGUGGUGGGGCGCAAUCGCGCUGUUUCUGCUGCUCGUAGCUUCCAAUGCCAUCCGAACUGUACAGGGUGAAGGCACAUCGCGAAUAAGCAGAAGACCGACAACAACUGAUAGAAGUUUAAGUAAUAUUAAUAGAACAGAAGAUUAUCAACCAACAUUCCGGUCGAGGGGUGCAAGAAGAAGAGAACCCGAAAUUCCCGAACCAAUCGCACUUCGGUCUAGAAGUAGGAGUAGAUUACCAGAGAAAGAAAAUGUAGUCGUUCAAAUUGACGAAGCUCAAGCCCAACUAACAAGACCCAAUGAGCAAUUUGAAUCAAGAAGAUCGAACUCUCGAACAAGAACAAGGCCUACUGAAAUAACAGCAACUUCCGAAAAGGCAUUAAGUCGUGAAAAUGUUAUUCGGAGCAGAUCACGACAAAGUGGACGAAGAUAUUCACCAACCACUCCAAGCCAGGUUGCCCAAGCCACAGUUACAUUUUCCCCAAGGAUAGGGGAAACAAAACCGGACGUAUCAAAUGUCAAAUUAGAUGACAUAUCUAAACCUAUUCCAACUGCUGAAUCUGUACCCGCUAAUCAAUUCCGUAGGCGAAGUUCAACAGUAAGCACGUUAGAGGAGACAAAAUCUACACGAUCCCGAGGCCGAUAUGACUCGAGGAUAAGUACAGGCUCACUUGAUUUAGAAGUUUCUGGCACAACAAACACAUUUACUGCUACAGCCAAUGAUCAGUCUAUAUUACGAGGAAAUGAUUUACGAAAUUCAAGGAAAUUGAGAUACAAAACAAGGCCAUCAGAAACGGAUACUAAUUUAACUGGAGACGGAAUAAUAGAUACCAAUGAAGUCAUAAAAUCUAGUCAAAACAAUGACUUAACUAGUCAAAGAGAAACAAAAGUUCCCAGUUCAUCAACUACUGAAAGAUUUUCUUCACCUACUGGUACUUUAAAAUCAAUGAAAGUUGUAAGACGGCCAGUAUCUCGUGGUACUUCAACCAAAUCAGUUGUUGUAAAAAAUAAAUCUAAAGUUUCCGAUGAGAUAAGCGAAGAUGACAAUUAUCCGGAGAGUUUUAAAGCCCUUAUACAAGCUAAAAAUGCGACACAACCAAACUCUCCGUCAAGCGAGAGUUUGUCAGUGAAAGCAUCACAAGUUUCUCAAACUUACGCUUCACCUAAACAAUCAAUCAUCACGGGACCUGGCACUGACAAAAAUUCUCGGCUUCGCAAAAAAGUGAAAUCAGAAGAAAAUUCAGAAUCCGAUCAAAAUAAAAGCGGAACAAUUGCAACAACAACAAUAUUAACAACUACUACAAGUACAACGAGUACUACUACGACAACUUCUACUACUACAGAACAGCCAAAGUCACGAUCUUCCGCUUACCGUCCACGUGGAUCAUACUUACCAAGAAACAGAAAAUCGAGUAGCACCCCUUCUGAUAUCUCCAGUACAGCCGCUAGUCCUAGCACAGAAAGGCAAUACAAAUUUAGUAGAAAAUAUAAAAGUGUAACAAAUGCAACCAAUACUGAUACAGUACUUAAAACAAAACGAGUAGAUAAUUCUGUAACAAAAAACCCAGUAAUUCGUUCAUCGCUAUAUUCGAGAAAAAAUGACCCGCCAAACAAUGUCACAGUAAUACCAUUAAAUGAAAAUCGCAAACGCGACCGCGUCUCAUCAGCUAAUUAUUUUAAAGUGAGAAGAACAUUACCAAGCACAUCAUAUUAUUCAAGGCAAAGAAAUAAUGUAUCGAGUACCACUGAAACAAAUACUGUAGUCGAUACCGAGACUGCUAUCGCCGACAAAAAGAUAGAAAACUCAAAUGAUCUUCCUUUAAUUUAUACUUACUUAAAUAAUCCGCCAAAAUCUGGAAACAUGUACAAUGAUAACGAGAAAAUUUCCCGAGAAAACAGUACUGAGAAUGAGAUAAUAAAUAAAGCAGAGGAAAGUGAAAACCAACUUAUUGUAAAUACUGAAGUAACUACGCAAAAAUAUCAUGCAAACUAUAAGGGCGAUACUGAUCCUAAUAAAAAGUCGGUGACAAGCGCUACUCCAGCCAUAAGGAAUAUUCAGACAAGAAAAUAUGGACGUAAACCAAUAAAAACAAGAGAUCAAGCAUUGAAUUCGUCUCCAACAAUUUUUAAAACAAAAGAAAGAAACGUACGAAAAUAUAGCGAUACAUUUUCUAAGACAACUGAGGCUCCAGGGAAUAGCAUACAACCAGAACCCGAAAAACCUAAAAAUAAGUUUAGUUCAAAAUACAGAGCUUCUUAUUUAGAUAAGCCAUUUUACAAACCCACAGUACCUACGGUCACUCCAUCUACUGAACAGGGAGAAGAAAUACAAUUAGGGCCCGAAUUGAACGCUAUUGCUAUAACUAAGACGCGCCGGCCAUUAACUUCGGCCGAUUUGAGACUGUCUGAAAGCUUGGCGAAACCUUUACAAGUAUUAAAUGUUGAAGCAUCACAACAUUCUCCAUCAGUAACAGUAUCCAUAUUUGAUGCUUUAGCUGAAAUACUCACGUCAACGCCAAAACCUCGAAUCUCUACGACGACCGACGUUUUACCAAAACAAACCACCGAUUCCAAUGUAAAGCAAACACUUAAUGGCGUGAGUAACAACGUUAAUGUAAAUAGUGGCACAGGCUUUGCAAGUCAGGAAACGGUAACAUCGAAAGAUAAUAUGAACACAAAUGCUAUGUUUGUACAAACCACUGAACAGAAUAAACAAAUUGUGUUUAACAGUUUGCCGGUUGGGGAAAAUGUUACACCGUCACUAAAAGCAGAAGACGAAAAAGCCACCUUUGUUACCCCACCUCAAACAACUUCCCGUCCUCCUCCUAGUACUCCUUUAUCUGCCCGUAAACCAUUUGCUAUCAGAGUUUUAUAUUCUGAAACUGAAACUCCAAUUGACAGAAUGACAACUGCUGCUUCAACAACAAAUGCGCUGUCUACUGACAAACCGACAAUGGUAUAUAAUAGUAUCUCUGAUCUUUUAUUAUCUAAUAACGGACUAGUUUCUUCCGGACUAACAAGCAUGUUAUCGAGUAACAUUAGAAGCAUUAUUGAAGGUAUGGACGAAGAAAGUAAAUAUAGGCUAUCUGUAGGUAUGACUAAUCUGUUAAAUACUUUGAACCCUGACGCUUUUAAUAGGACUGUGACAGUUGAUGAUAGUUCCCCUCCUAAUACUACUCCUUACAGUUUGGAAGAUAUUAAUGAUACAGCGAAUAUUGAUAUAUCGAAUGAAUCAUCUGACGAUAUCAAUAAUGUCCUCCAAAAUGUACAAAUAGAAAAUAUUGUAAAUAGCACGGAAAUGCUUAAUAAUUCACAAAUUGUUAAUACUGAGUCCAGUCUUUCUGUAAAUACAACACAACCCCAAGACAUUACAGAAAAUAUAAUGUUUGCAACUGAUACAGAGUCAUCAAUUUUUGAUACUACUAUAACACAAGACUUUGAUCAGGUCACUACCAAUACUUUAAUAAAUACAGAAUUAUUUGUCUCUGAAUCAGGUUCAAGCACAAUUACUAACAAUGAUGUUAUCCUUGACAACCUUACUGAGGACCCUACUAACAAUGUUCAAUCAGUCCUAUCUUUAACCAACUCUCCAAAUGAAGAUGUCGCCCCUAUUGAAUUAAACAGCUUACGAGAAGAGUCUGUAGAUACGCAAUUGCAAUCACCUGUUUCUGCAAUUCAGUUGUCCCUGAAUGAACCAGAUGAUGUUAGUGAUUUGCAAGAUCCAGGACAAGUGUCACAACUACAAUUGUGGAUAUUGUCAAAAAAGGCUCACGUUCUCAAAAUGAUUGAAGAUCUGUUACGUGAUCAUAAUAAUGAAAUUAAUAAUCCACCGUUCAAUAAUUUAAUUAAUCGCACAAACAGAACAAGUGUCCCAAUAUCUAGUCGCUUAACGGAGAUAAUGAAUACAAUGACUUUUACGACAACUGUUACUUCUGACACUGAUAAAGUUGAAAUGAGUUCGACAACAAAUCCCAACAAUUUCCUUAAUCCCACGACUGAACCCAUUUCCCCGUCCCCAUCUACGGUUUCUUUUGAAACCACUACAGUUAACAAUGCAUUUAUAGCCACCACCCUUAUCAAUGACGAUCCAAUUACAAAUACGAUAAAAACUGAUGAAUCAACUUUAGAGACUGCUAACAAUAUUGCUGAUGCGUUUACUAAUGACAUCACGGUUGUGAGUACUACACUCUCAACUGGCCAAGAUGAAUCAACGACGGAGGCAGUUGAAAAGAAAGAAAUUGAUAAUUUAGAAUCGAUGCCUUCAAGCACUACGACUACGAGUGAUAAUGAUGUAAUAACUAAAUUUGAAACAGAAACUACUACAAUACUAAGUACAACAACUCUAGAUGAGCCAGAAAAUACGACGCCCUCAGGUAUUGAAACUGCUACAACUACAGUUACAAAUGAUAUUAAAUCAAAUGACAUUAUAACAAUCAACAAUCAGUUAAAUGUUGCAACACAACCAACAAUUCCAAAAAAAGAUUUUGUUAUUUUUGGAAUACUUCCUAAUAAUACAGUGGUACGUAAAGAUCCUAACGAUAACCCACUGGAAGCAUUAACAGAAGCAAGUCCAUAUAUCAUUUACGGCGUACUACCAAAUAACACAAUAAUACGCAAGUUUCCAAAUGGAACUCGAGUGCCACAAAUCAUGCAAAAAAUUGACGUACUACCAAUCAGUCCAUGGAGUCUAAAAAAUCCAUACAGCCCCAUCCAUAACAUUCCGGCCAUUGUCAGACCACAGUCUAACCCUAUCCGAGUUUCCACUAAUACUGUGAUAUCCAAAGACACUUCAAAUAACGAAAAGGAAAACCGAUUAACCAUCGACACUGUAAAUAACCUACAAGUAAUGACUAAACAAAUCCGCACUGAGAAACCUGAUGAUGCUAAUGGGAACACAGUAUUCAAAUUUAUUCCAAUAGAAGAUGUUACGGUAGCGUCUACACAAGAGUCUAAUGUUUUGAAACUGGCUUCACCUAAAAUGCCAAAAUCAACUACAGUUAAUAAUCUUCAAACUACAACUAUUUUAAGUACAACCGAUAUAAAUACACAAACACCACAAUUACAAAUGAAUACAGAAAGCAAUGAAAUAACUACAACAGUACAAACCUCUGUAGGCACUCCAUUUGAGCCUAGUUCUGAAACAGUUAGCAAUGAGCCACCUACACCUAUUUUUAUGGAUGAGCUUCUUGCCACUACUGAAACACAAAUCACAACAAUGGCAGAGACGACGCUCAUGUCUUCAAUCACAUCGGGAACACCAACAACCGCUGAGUUAAGUAGCAUAAAUCCUACGACAAGUAUAAUUUUUUCUGAGGGAAGUACAACAGAGUCAACAACUGUAACAACCGAAUCAUCAUCGAUGCCUACGACAAUCCCAACAUCAACUGUCCGUGUACCUACAGCAACAUCAGUAGCUAGUGCUACAAAUAUCGUGUAUCAAAUGCAAACUGAGCGUAAUCCAAAAAAUUUGGGUGGUUUUGAAAAUGCCAAAAUUUUGGAAAGUCACCAACAGGAAAACGCAAAGCUUUUACAAGCACUUUUAUUGGCAAUGGGCCAACAGCCAGUUGGCAAAGUGAAUUCUAAUAUUAUCAAUAAAGUGCAAACGACAACUAUGCGGUCUAUUGAAGAGGAUAUAAGACAAUUUGAAGAAGAUACAAAGUUGUUAAAAGCUUUGCUGCAAGCUACUGGAAGAGAUCCAGCCUCAUUGAAUAUACCUUCACUAGGUGAUAUCAAAUCUAUAAUACCAACAACGCCCGCCAUUGCAACUACAACUUUUCAAACUUCAACGACUCCUACAACGACAACUCAAACGGUACCACCUACAACACAAACAUCAACUGUCAAAACCACCACAUCCUCAAUAAACAAUGACAUAAAACAAUUACAAGAAGAUACAAAAUUGUUACAAGCGCUAUUACAAGCCACGGGUAAUAGAAAUGCCGGUAAUCAACCUAUAAUUUCGGGUUUAACGUCAAAUGUAAGAAUUGCUUCUAACCCAUUAACAACUUCAAUGGGAUCAAAUCCAACUACUGCAUUCAAUGUAAGGCCAGUGUAUACAACAACAAGAGCACCUUUUACAUCAACUGUAAAAUCGCAAAUUGUUACUGUAUCUACUUUACAGCCUACAACAGAAGACAUUGGAAUUUCUACAACUUUCCAACCUAUAAAUAAAAGAAUGUCGACAACCAUACCAAAUAGUCGAACCACAAUAACAACAGAACUUCCUAGUAGUUCAACAUAUUCAGAUGAAGAAGAUCUACUUUUCUUACAAAACUUGAAAUCUGUACUUAAUACAAAUAACAAUAAUGAGGAUCCCGAAACAGCACUAGCUAAUCGAGUCAUAGCACUCGCUGUAGAGAAAAGUCUGAAUGAAAUACAACAAGGAAAAAGUGUAGGAACAACAAAGGUAAUGACAACAACAACACCAAAACCAACAACAACAAUGAGAACCACAACUACACGCACUACAACCACACCCAGCCAAAACAUGCCUUCCAUUGAAGACGACAUUAAACAAUUCGAACAAGAUACGAAACUACUUCAAGCACUUUUAAAAGCAACGGGACAGGAUCCAUCCAAAUUCAAUAUACCAACGUUACCAACUGUUACAACCACUGUGAGUGCUAAUCUUCCACCAAGUGUGAACGAUGAUUUAAAGCUUUUAUCAAAUUUGCUUGCUUCACCCUCACCCCUGAAUGAACCCUUUGACCCUCUGACACAGAAACCUGCUACGAUACAAAGUAAUAAAAACGUAUCUCCUACAACGUCGAUACAGACUCAAAAUAUUAAAAUUGCUGUGAAAGAUGACUUGAAGAAUGAACAAGACGAUGCUAAACUACUACAGACAUUGAUAAAGCUCCAAGAUGCUCAAGAGACCACUACUAUGAGAAGCAAAUUAGCUAUUACAGGGCAUGAUCCAGAUGAAGCGCUCAAGAAAUUAAUACAAAAGACUCAACCAGCGGGCAUGAUGUCGGAAGCUACAAAGUCCUCUAUUUCAUUGAGCACAGAGUAUGGAAAUAGUAACGAUGCACUGUUAGCUGCACUACUGAAGGAACAAGGGUUCGGUCCAACCACGGCAAGUUCUUUGGAUGAACAACUUCGUCUCGCUGCAUUACUCAAUCAAGUGGUCGUGACGCCGAAGGCUAGGCGGACGACGACUCCUCCGCCUCCUCCGCCGGCGCCUCGUCGACCGAUACUCGACGGGUUAGCGUGGUUGUGGCAGCAAUGGAGGGAAACUGGCCCCGGACCGGGGGGAUCUAGGCCGAGUAGGCCAGCGUCAGUGAGGCAACCGACGCCAUCGCAAGCGACGAGCUCUAGAGUCAACUGGUUCGGAUCUGGGCCUUUCGUCGGCAACGCGGACGAAGGGCCCCCCGGCAACAGAAUUCCCCUGGAGCCUCCUAGUGCUGUCGAACAGGGUCCUGGAAGAGGUCAGUUAGUAUCCGCCGCCAUCAACGUUACAAGGGCCUUUUCGCAAUUCUUAGGAGCGGCGAUACAGGGGGCCGCUCAAACGGUGCAAAGUGUAUUCAGAGCAGGACAGAAGGCUGCAUCUGACGUGUAUACCAACGGCUCUGGAGGGUCAGGAUAAAGCAAUAGAAUCGAAUUUAGACACGGAUCCAGGACUAAAAUGAACAAGAAAAACUCACUAUGAAGGCCUUAGAAUUAUAUAGCUUGAUGGACCAAAGAAAUUUGGAGAAACAAAAUGUUCUUUUGACAUUUAUCCUGUUGUAAUUAGUGAUGUGUUGUUCUAUGGUCUUGAAUCCGCGUCUUUCGAAACUUUUCCGAAAGUGUCAUACAUAGUACGCACUGUAGUGCGAGUUCUGUAAAUAGCAAAGUGUAGAUAGAAACGAUUUGUUAAAUGUGUCUUUGAUCUCAUUAAUGUUGCGAUUACGGUACUGAAUUAUGGACUGUAAAGACUUCUGUUAUACAUUAUUUGUUGGACCUAUUCUUCAGUGCCAAUCAGUUAAAGGCACAUUUAAUGUUAAGAUGUGUUAGAAAUAUCUUUCUAUAUGUCUGUGUAUUAUACUGUAGAUAGUGUUGCUAUGUUCUACAGAUGUUCCUAUAAGAAAAUGUAGGAAAAUUGUCAAGUAGGAAUUAAAUGCAAAGAGAAAUGGAUGGAUAUAUCGUAAAUUAUUAGUAGGUUAGGGCGGAAAUGUGAUGACUACAGAUAAUUAUAUAAAGCUGAUGUAAAUUAAACUUCCAUAGUUUUAUAGGGUUUCUCGACUUUUCUACUCGAUGUAAGCGUGCGUUGUUUUUCGAAUCUUAUUUCACUCGACUAUCGAACGAUCUUUUUACGUUUAGUUUUGUCUUGGUUUCAGCAUGUUUUGCUAUAGUUUUAGUAAAUCAAUGCUUAUAAAAAUGCCUUCAUAAUAAAAUAUUAUAAUCGCCACUUAAAUUAUUAUAAUUUGCGAGUUCCUCGAAAUUAUCUAAUCGUUUCAAUCCUUUGUAUGGACAAACUAACAAUUUUCUAUAAACAUUUAACAUAGUAAUAUUUGGAUUAAUUUUAAGUCUGGUGCCAUUUAGCACGUGCUUCGUGAAUUCGCUUCUGUUCUAUUAGCUUUUAUUUAUUUAAUUUAUAGAUUAAUUACAAUUAAUAAUCAUGGAUUGAGAGAGCUAGACUAUUCUUACGUAGCUAUUAUUGAAGUAGCUAUAAAUAUAUUUUCUAUAACUUCUUAAAUUUCCCUAUAAGAUAAUUCGGAAAUGAAUUCAAUUUACUAUGUGUUUAAUAUACCUGAAAUACAUUAAUUUCAUAUUUAUUAUUGUGUUUAGCUUUUUAUAUUAAAAGCCUGGAGGCAGACAGACAGACAAAAGAUUUUGGAAAUCAGUGAGACUAGAGUCUAGUUCUUUUUAUUUGUGGUUCUUACACUAGGAUAGAUAUUAAAUAUAUAAAUGUACCUAAGUCAUAUUAUUCGACAUAAAAUAACUAAUAUCAUGUAUUUUUCGAGUUUACGGUGAUAGUAAUUAACGUCUCAUUUCAAUAGAUGUAUUUAAUAUUUUUUUGUAUGUUUUCGAAAAUUUGUUAUUUUUUGCGUAAAGUUAGUAUUUAAUAGUUUCUUAUAAACAACUGCCGUAUUAAUAAGUUAGUUUUAAGAUGCGGGUAAAUGUAUAAAGACUAUAUUUCUAAACAUUCUUGCAUGCAUACCUAUUUAUGACUGAAAAAGGCUUAACCUGACACUGCCUCUUGCUUUUUACUAUUUUGUAUAUUAUAAUUGUGUAAGUGUAAAAUAUGUGAAACAUAGUGUAAUAAAUUAAUUUAUCGUA